CAACUUCCAGUCUUCGUUCAGCGCUGGUUCGUAGCUGGUCGUUCGCGUCAACAUUUAUUUCGCUCUUUCUCUCGAUCGAAGUUUGUAGGACGUCGUCGUCGUCGAAUCCAGUGGGAAAAAACGCUUUUUACGCGACGCUUUCGCGAGUUUGUUAUCGCCAUUAGCAUACGAGGUGACGAGGUUUGAAUAAUUUCUCCCCAGGCUCUGUCCAGGAUUAAAUCAACGUUUCUUAGUAGUGGGGGUGGAACAACAAGAAUAGUGGGAGUGUGGGAGUCUUUGGAAACUAUUUUAUUAUAAAAGCAUCCGGUAGAAGAAUCCUUUCAUCGCUUCAAGAUGAUGAACGAUCCGGCAGCUCUGGGAAUGAUCCCGUUCGAUACCAUUGGAUUAUACGAGCAGCCCAAGCCCCGGUUCAUCUUCAAAAUGCCCCGGGUAGUGCCGGACCAGAAGAACAAAUUCGAAACCGACGAUCUGUUCAAGAAACUCAGCCGGGAUAGUGAAGUCCGAUACACCGGUUUCCGGGACCGCCCGAUCGAGGAGCGACGGGGCCGCUUCCGGGCAGGGUGCUGCGAGGGCCAUACGGAAAUCUCGUUCGCCGCCACCGGCAUCAACGUGCAGCUAGUGUUCAACCCGAAUCUGGGCCUGUAUCAUCACCCACAUCAUCACCACCACCAUCAUCCGGCGCACCUGGGCCUGGAAAAGGAGUGCGACUUCGAUAAGGAGCAUGGCAAGGUUCACAUCAAAUCCCACUUCAUUAUGAACGGCGUCUGUGUCCGAUUCCGAGGUUGGCUCGAUAUGGAACGGCUCGACGGAAUCGGCUGCCUCGAACUGGACGAGAAACGGGCAGCCCAGGAGGAUGCCAUCCUGCGGGAACAGCUAGACCGUUACAAUGCCCGGCUACGCGAUUUCGAGGACAAACAGCGGACGUACCAGCGCACGACCCAGGACGAGUUCGAACAGAUGCGCCGGAACAGUUCCGGAAUCGGUGUGGGCGUUGGAACCGGUGCGACCGGAAUGUGGAGGCGAUAAGCUGCUGGCCAGCUCUCGAUCUACUCGAAUACGAAAAUGAGCACUGUGUGAUUUUAAAUACUCCCUCCUGAUCCCCCAAUCCCUUGGCUUCCUGCGAAUUAGGCCAAGCUCUCAUCAACUAGGAAAAAGUAAAAAGAAGCGUGGAUGUUCCAAGGUUAAAGGCCUCAUGCAAUAAAAUAAUAUCUAUUUGAUUGCUGAGCUCGGAUUCUUCCGAGCAUUUAUGUAGAACGUGAUUGGUAGAAGUGAAAAAAUACCGGGCAGAUAACAAACGAGAAACUAUCCCAAAAACCAAAUUUUAAUCUUUUUUAAAUCACUGAAAAUAAAACUUCCACAAACAAUAGCCAAUCCGUGAUCUAGAUGUUCAACUGUGCAAAUCCGCUCAAUCCAAAAUAUCCUAAAAAUAAUUGUAAAUAUUAUUUUACUCGACAGUUAAAACAAAACAAAGGUGCACAAAUUUGAAUGAAAAAAAAAAUAAUAAACCGCAGACAAAAAAAAAACAAACAAAUUCAAAAGACGUUAUGGAUUGUUUGAACCGUUCAACUUGCGUUUCCGUUAGUCGAAUCGAAGAGUGUGCAUCAAGCUAUUGAUAUGUUUUAGUUGUAUUUUUUUUAUAAAUAAAAAACGAGAAAAAAAAACAAUUUAUGAAUAAAAAUGAGAAUUAUAUAUAUUUUUAGUUUUACAAUGACCACAACAAACCGAAUCUCAAAACCAAAAAAGUAAGAAACAAUACUUACGCGCGUAUGAUAGAGGCAUUAUUUAUGUUCCAUUUAUUCAUGAUGCGAAUAAUAAGUUUCUCUAUAGGAAGUAAUACUACGGAUGUCAAUAAAUAUGAAACCAUUUUUGUUAUAAUUUUCGAAAAGUAA